UGAGUCAUGGAUGUGGUAAAUACAUAUUAAGAGCAAAGUAUAUGUCACUUCCUCUGCUUGUAAUUCAGAAUGUCCACAAUGUGAUACAUUAAAAAUAGGAAAGUGUGUUACAGUAUCAAGAUCAGAACAGCUGCCGGGUGAGUUGAUUGCUGGAUUUAACCGCUGCCAUCAUUCCUCUGUGCGCUGUCUCUGCGAGUGUGCCCCAUCUUUGCUUUGUGGGGACCCAGUCUAUAAAUACCACGGACCUAUGCUCUCAGUGACAGUCAAAGACAGCUGAAGCCAUAAUCUUACCCACACUUUGAGGCUAUUUGUAGCAGUCGGAGCAGGCCAGUGAGCACCGGCAGUCCCGCUUUGUCAUAGCAGGAACAAAACCCCACCAACAAAAUGGCGGCAUUGACGAUAGACCCGAUGCGGCAGCCUCGGAUGUACCAACAGACCCUGCUCCAGGAUGGACUGUGUGAUCUUUUGGACAAUGACAAGUUUGUGGACUGUGUCCUGAAAAUCCAGGACAAGGAGUUCCCCUGCCACCGUCUGGUUUUGGCGGCUAGCAGCCCCUUCUUCAAGGCCAUGUUCCUGUCUGAGCUAGAGGAGAGUAAGAAAAGGGAGAUAGUCCUUAAAGAUGUGGACCCCAGUGUCAUGGAGAUGAUCCUGCGCUACCUAUACACAUCUGACAUUAAUCUGACAGAGCAGAAUGUGCAGGAUAUCUUUAUGGUUGCUAACAUGUACCAGAUCCCCUCCAUCUUCUCUGUUUGUCUGACCUACCUUCAGGACAAGAUGGUGCUGGGAAACUGCCUUGCCAUCUUCAAACUAGGGCUUCUUCUGGAUUGUCCGAGGCUCACUCUUGGUGCCAGGGAGUUCAUCUGUGAACGUUACCAGGUUGUUAUGAGGGACCAGGACUUUUUCCAGCUCAGCCCCAGUGAGUUAGCCAUCAUCCUCUCUUCAGACGCCCUAAACGUUGAACGGGAGGAGCAGGUUUUUGAAUCCCUGAUGGAGUGGAUCAAACACGACGAGACAAUGCGGCUAAAGGAACUCCCCGAGCUGUUACACUGCGUCCGAUUCAGGCUCAUUCCCAUAGACUACUUCAAAGAAAAAGUUGAGCGUCACCAGUACAUCCAAUUCAACCAAGAAAUCAAGAAGGAGCUGGAUCUCGUCACAGAGGCCCACCAAGGUCGCCUCCCCAAGCCGAAGAGGCUUGGCAGCGAUGGUGCAAAGGGAGGAGAGGGGAGCGAUGAGGAGAAGGAGGAUGACGAGGAGGCAUACCUGCCAGGAGUCUUGAACAACAACCCUCGCUUUGGGAUGUUUGAGAUGGACCUUGUACUUAUGAUCAACAACACUGGCACUGUGGCCUAUGACCCGGUGGGAAACGAGUGUUUUGUCGUGUCAGAAUCUACAGAGAUUCCCAAAAACCACUCUAGCCUGGUGACAAAGCAGAACCAGGUAUUUGUGGUUGGAGGACUUCUCUAUAAUGAGGAGGACAAGGACGAACCAUUCAUGUCUUACUUCCUACAGUUUGACCCAGUAAGUUCGGAGUGGUUGGGGAUGCCUUCCCAGCCAAAUCCUCGGUGUCUGUUCGGCCUGGCCGAAGUUGAAAACUCCAUCUUUGUUGUCGGUGGUAAACAACUGAAGGAGGGAGAGCACGCUCUGAGUUCAGUCAUGAUCUAUGACAGACAGUCGUUUAAAUGGGGAGAGUCCGACCCGCUGCCUUAUGAAGUGUACGGUCACGGGACUGUAGCACACAACGGUCUUGUCUAUGUUAUCGGUGGAAAGUCUGAGAGCAAGAAAUGUAUGAGAAGAGUCUGCGUCUACGACCCCACCAAGUUUGAGUGGAAGGACUUGGCUCCUCUGACGACAGCCAGAUCUCUGUUUGGCAUCGCCGUCCAUCAGGACCAGAUCUACGUGGCCACGGGAGUGACCGACUCAGGCCUCACCAGCUCGGUGGAGGUCUACGACAUCGCAGCCAACAAGUGGUCUGAGUUUACAGAGUUCCCUCAGGAGCGCAGUUCCCUCAGCCUCAUCUCGACAGGAGGUUACCUGUACGCCAUCGGAGGCUACGCCAUGAUGCCCAGCGAAACCAGUGAAGAGCCUGUACCAACUGAGAUGACCGAUAUCUGGAGAUAUGAUGAGCCAGAGAAGUGCUGGAACGGGAUUUUGCGAGAGAUUUGCUAUGCAGAGGGAUCCACCAUUCUCCCAGUGCGACUCAACACUCUCCGCCUAACCAAGUUAUGAUCCAGCUGAACUGCUGCUCUGUUGGGUUUCACGUUGUAUGCUGGAGGAAAUAUAAUUCUUCUAUGUGGACAUUUUCCUAAAAUUAGCUUGGGGUACAGAGUGAUUCAGAGGCAACCCUUAAAGACAAGAAGAAGCAAUGGGUUAUGAGAUCAGAGUGAAGCUGUUUUAUCAUGUGCUGUACAGCAGGGGGAGACAGAGACAUGGCAACUGAUUAAAGCCAAAGAAGAAGGACAAACAUCACCAACUUCAAGAAAUUUUGAUCUGUGUAUCUUUCCUUUUGGUGUAUUGUUUCAUUAAGUUUGUUUACUACGUAUAUUAUAAUGCUGCAUUCAAAUAAAAGAUUGUUGAAAAAACUACUUUCAUGGCUGAACAGAAAAGGUACUGAAGCCAAAUCAGAGUGCAAAUGUUUAUAUUCAUUUUCAUUUGUUCAGUAACAACCUUAAAUUCUACACCACACACAAAAAAGACACUUCCUCUAACAACAAAUUAAAGAGACUCUGUCAUCUUUACACUGACAUGAUGCAAAUAGCACAAGUGGGAAACGCAGUUUUAAAUGUAAACCUUGACUUCUAGCUGACACCUGAGUACUAAGCAUCAUCAUAAAUUGCAUCGUAAAACAAAUCUGUUUGCAUAUUUACAUUAUAGCAAUAUAUAUACAACAAGAGCUCUCUGUGACGUUAAGUUCAAGGUACAUAUUUAGCUCCGUAUUUAACCAGCACGGGAAAAGUCACAUGAUUUACGCUGUAGUUCCCAUUUCCACCACUCUGAUAGUUUCAGUUUUAGUUGUUUUUUUGUUUGUUUGUUUUUUUAUCAGUGGGGUAAAUGGGCUUAUAUACUUAAAAAAUAUUCACACCUCUUUAGUUUUUACACAUCUCACCGUGUUACAACCGUAUCAAUAUAGUUUAUAGGAAUUGUGUUGUACACCAUCAAAAUUAGCAUUUAAUUGCGAAGGAAACUGUCCACAUUUUUUCUAAACGCAUACGAAUCUGAAAAGUGUGGCUGGCAAAACUACAUUUAAUCUGAUACUGCAACAUGAAAUCUUUCCCAAGCAAUUCCCUUUUGAAAUGUUUCACUUAGGAAACAGAGUGAAGCUCUAAGCAAUUUAUUCUCAGCAUAAAUCUAGCAGUUCUGUUCAGAUGUUUGGUAAGCUGAAAAAAGAGAAUGAAAAAAAAAUGUAGUUAAUUUGUUACAUGUAAUCAAAUUAAGUUUGUCAAACUUAAUUCAUUUACAUUUGUUAAACAUGACAACUUAAUGAACUUCAUAUAUUUACUUGGGUAAACUUAAUUUUAUUACGUGUAGCAAAUUAACUUUUUUUUUUCAAAGUGGGAUCACUUGUUUUCUUUUUUCAGUGUUGAAGAUGAUAACGAACACAGCAAACAUCAGGGUUUAAGUUCUUAAAGUCAAAACAUCAAUCCAAUGUCAUUUACGAGUUUGUGACUUAAAAAUCACAAAAACAACUGUUCACAGACGAUGUCCAUCCACUCUAACUAGGCUUGAGUUGUUUACAAAUGAGAACAGGGAAAGAAAAAUUGGCAUCUAUCUGCUAAAUUAGACCUGAAGCUGUGAUCAUACUGAAUGUUUAACACUUUUCAUAUUUCUAUUUGUAAAACCUUUGUAAAAGAGCUGUUUAGAAACCUGGCCUAAAAUUAAAGAAAAAAAAAAGCCUAAAUUAAAUAAACUCACAAGGGAGUCGUAAUGGAAUUAUAAUGAAGCUGAGGAAAACAUUUUCAUCUUUUUAUAUAAAAAGAUUCAUCCUUAGGAAACAAUGAACAGAUGAAAAAAAAAAGACAAUUUAUCUUGUCAAUGUCAACGUACACAACUGUCAGUGGAAACAAAUGGUAACAACAGUACAGGAUAUUAACAAAAAAACCACAACUAAGCCAUUUAUGCAUGCAGUCCAGACAACAGAAGAUGGCUUCAGCAUUCACUGAUGUUACACAUCUGCUACAUCCAGAAACUAAAAGCCUCUGUUAUCUGAGCAAAGUUUCACAAGCCGGAGCUUGGAAUGUUAUCCGGCAGUAAUUCAGCCGAGCGUAUGGUCCAUAUAAAACUGUCACAGACAGGAUAAGCACAUCCAGUACGCUAGCUGUGCUAUGGACGCCUCCUCCUCAGUGACUCCUGGUCAGAACAGUCCCAUCACCGAUAUCGAUACAUUUUGUCCCCUUUGCAACAAAACCCUAACCUCUUGCUUCUCUUUGGAUGAUCAGUCAGCAAACGAUAAUUAAGUUCCUUUUAAACGCAGAGCAGCUAGAGGAAGAUCUCCCUGCCUGUGUUAGCACGUUGCUACGCUGUAGCCAGUGUUGCUGUUGUCAACAUUGAGUUCAGGUUUGUUUAUUUGCUUGGCCUUUUUGCCAACUCUCACACUAAGUGAUACUUAGUGAUAUAUAGCUGCUGUUUCCCCUUUGUCUCAUGUCAGUCGUUUAAAUCUCACUCAAAGCAAAAACACUUCUUACCCACUGUGCUAUUUUUGACUGGUUCUAAACAGAGUGACAAUUUAACGUUUUGCCUCCUUGGUAGGUAGUUUGUAAAGCAAUGCAGACACCUAGGAGUCAUGUAACCACUAGCCUGCGACGGCUCCUGUUUGAGAUCGACUAGAUUUUAUUCUUUACAAUUAUUUGGUCCAGUUUAACUUAUCUGUGGAACAAAAUUAUUCUUCUGCAUUGACAUUUUACCAGCUAACGUUGCUCCUCUGUUAGCUUAAAGGUGAAUUCAGGACGACUUCUUCACACUGAGCUGAGAAUUUGCCGCCUCUGAAUUGCUAGUUUAUAAAAUGUGAUUAUACUCAAAGGCAGACAUUUACGGUUAAAUAACCAAGUACAAUGUCACUUUUUUUGAUUUAUCAGAACCUAUUUAUCACAGUUAUGAGAUCCAAUCAAUCUUAUUUAGGUAUUACAAUUGUUAUUCAAGCUCAGAACAUAAAUAAUCGAUUCAUAAUUCACAAUUCAUUCAAACAGCCAGUAGUUAAUGAUAUUGUCAAUGUGCCGCUUUUGGUACUAAUGUGUGUUUCCUUCCCUUGGAUAUUAGUAUUUUUGCAGAGGAAAAAUACGAUUUAGAUUCAUGAUAUUAAGAUGCUCAGUAAUAUUUCUCAGUUAAGUUAAGUUUGUCUCAGUUGUUUGAUCUGCAGCAUCAUCUGCCAUGAUGGCCAAGAACGAUCGCCAAGGACAGACUUAUGUUAGUACCAUGACUCCACAUUCAACAUGAUCCAACAUAUGAAUGAACAAGCGGACAAUAUUAAAAUGCAGCUAUAGGUAGUGAAAACAGGUCCCUCUUUGACUAUGCACUCUGUUAAGUGUUCAACGUGCAUGACAGCAGAUCUGCAUGUCAUCUGCAUGUGAGCUGUGCUGGAAACUCGGGCGUUAUAGCAGCUAAAAACAGAAUCCACAAGUGUUGAAAAUGCUCGUGAAUCAACCAAAUCAAUCACGCUGAAAAGAAGCAAAAGUAGAUUUGUGCCACUUUUAAGUUCUAAAGACGAUCAUUACCCUUGUCACCACUUGUUUCAGCCUCCACAUCCACUCCUUCAUAGCUGGUGUGUUAUGAGUCACAUGCUGGCUCAAACAUGCAUGGCCCAAACCCCUCCAGCUCUCCGUUUUGUAUUCCUCAGUGAGAAACUCGAUCUGACAGG